AUGCCUGCCUUAUUUCGUUAUCAAUCUUCACUUAUGUCACUUCUCUUUCAUCGUACUCGUUUGAAGUCUCGUUAUAUCUUAUCAAUAUUUGUUGGUCUUUCUCUUGGUUUUAUAUUAAGCUUAGCAUGUUUACCAUUGAUGAGUGUUUGUGAUAAUUCUCUCUCGCUCUUCUCCGAUCCGUUUUCCUCGUCGAUAAAUCUGCAACUUCUCAACGAAACGUUUUCAUUUCGCGAUCCUUUUCGUAUCCUAAGUCGCCAAGCACGUUCAGUCGUCGAUGUAACACUUGUUGAUUACGGCAGCAAAGAUUACGAACCGCGGAUACAUCCUGCACCAUCUCAACAAGCAGAUUCAGGUAAUCAAUCAUCAUCCACAUCAACACAAGCAGCAAAUACACCGAAAGUCACACGUCCGCGGUAUAUUGCUGACGAAUUAGGCAUACGAGAGAAAGUUCUUGUCGCUGUACUAACCGAAGCAAAUCAUUUGAACACAUUCGCAUUUUUCCUCAAUCAAACACUGCAAAACUAUGUCAAUCGUUUAUUAUUUUUCGUUAAUGAAGACAUCGAAAAUUUUCCUCGGAGUAUGGAAGUCAUCGCCAUACAUGAUAAGAAAGCGUAUUUGAAACCUUUCUAUGUAUUGAAAUAUCUCGCCGAGAAAAUGAUUAAAUUAUAUGAUUGGUUUGUUCUGAUGCCAGAUAAUACAUACGUUCGAGGUUUUAAAUUGAAUGAAUUUCUAAAUCACAUUAGUAUUAGUCAAGACUUAUACAUGGGACAAUCAUUUGAUGAUGUUCACGCUGUGUAUUGUUAUUUCGGUUCAGCAAUCAUUCUCUCGGGAACUGUACUUCGCAAAGUCCUUGAUGAAAUCGAUUGGUGCACGAAUAAUGCUUACUCACAAGAUGUGACUGAUAAUAUCGGAAGAUGUAUAUUGAAAGCAGCGAAGAUACCGUGUGUGAACACGGCUAGUAAUUACAAGUUCAAUGCUUAUGUGAAUUAUCGCUUUGAAUUCGAUACUGAUAUUGAGAGAUUAUCGAAGAAAGAAGAAUUUAACCAAACAUUAACUGUGCAUCCGAUUAGUGAUUUGGAAACGAUGCUUAAACUUCAACAAUAUUUCCAUCAAGUCGAAAUCGAUGAAAUGACACGAAGUAUCGCGAAAUACGAAGAAACAAUUGAAAAUCUCUCCUGCUAUGCUCCUGAAGGCUGUGGAAAUAUACCUUGGCCAGUUGGUAUACCACCUCCUUUCAAACCUUCAUCACGUUUCGAUGUACUUCGCUGGGAUUAUUUCAAUGAAACACAUAUCUAUUUAAAAACAGAUAUUGAUGUCAUUGAUCUAAUGAAACCCGAUGAUUACGAAGACGUUCACGAAGUCAUUGGACAUGCUGUUGAACAAUUCCAAAAGAAAUAUGGAGUUCAUCUGAAAUUUAAAAAAUUACUCAAUGGAUAUCGACAAUUUGAUCCAACACGUGGUACACAUUAUAUUAUCGAUUUGAUACUUACCGAUGCCAAUAAUAUUGAAUAUAUCAAACGUGCUGAGCUCAUGCGACCAUUGGGUCUGGUAGAAAUUGUUCCAAUGCCAUUCGUCACUGAAUCCACCAAAAUCUUCCUGAUCUUGCCCAUCUAUUCCGAUGAACAAUCCGCUGCUAUCCGAUUUCUUCAACACGCAAAUCGAACCUUAUUUGACAAAGAAACUCAUGCUCAAUUUGAACUACUCUUGACACAUAUUGUCACGAGCAAACAAGACUCAUCACAAAUACAAAAAUGGUUUACAAAUAUCCGUCUUGAAGUCGAAUCGAUCCGUCGUUCAAGGAGCCAGUUAACAAUCUCAUAUCACACGAUUCUUAUCCCAUCUUCAGUGACCACUUCGACACAUUCAACACACAUACUCGAUUAUUUUGAAACAAAACUCCGCGAGGAUUCACUCGUCUUUCUAACCAAUGCAUACGUUGACAUCGAAUCGGACUUUUUGAAUCGUUGUCGUUUAAAUGUUAUCCAAAACGUUCAAGUCUCCUAUCCGAUUGCUUUCUAUCAAUACCAUCCGCGUAUCAUAGCACAAACAUAUCGUUUGAUAGAAAAUUCCACGAUCGAAUUACACAAAUCUCAUGGCUGGUUCAACUCGUAUGCUUACGAUCAUGUGGGUUUAUAUAUAAGCGAUUAUUUAAAGCUAAAAUCUCUUGUACCAAACAAUAUUUCUUUAGCUUCAACUAAUCUCUAUGAUCUAUUUGUUCAGUUCACAGAUUUACAUAUGUUGCGCGCACCUGACCAAGCGUUGCGUGUUCGUUAUCAUCCGAUCAAAUGCGAUUCGAUAAAGCAAUCAAAUAAGCUCGAAUUGAAUCGGUGUUUGAUACAAAAGGAGAAAGGUUUAGCAUCACGUAGUCAAUUAGCAAUGAUUAUUAUCGAUAAUGAACAAGCGAAGAAGCCGACAACGAAACAAAAGAAGAAGUAA